AUGCAGCUUCCUCUCUUGAUCAAGAUGCUUCCUCUCUUCAUCAAGAUGCUUCCUCUCUUCAACAAAGUGAUUCCUCUCUUGAUCAAGGUGCUUCCUCUCUUCAUCAAGAUGCUUCCUCUCUUCAACAAAGUGCUUCCUCUCUUGAUCAAGAUGCUUCCUCUCUUGAUCAAGGUGCUUCCUCUCUUCAACAAAGUGCUUCCUCUCUUCAUCAAGAUGCUUCCUCUCUAA